AUGCUCAGAUCUACCGCCACUGCAGCAACACGCCCGGCCCGCCACACCGCAACCCGCGCUUUCGCCUCGUCGUCGCACCUCCUCACUCACCCGACCAACCCUCUCGACCCGCUCCCCGCCAACCCAACUCGCUCAGCUGCACCGCCAACCGCCGCACCCCUACCUCAGCAGCCACACCCUUCAGCCUCGACCUCGAGCGAGACGACCCACUUUGGCUUCCGCAAUGUCCCCGAGCAGCAGAAGGAGUCCCUCGUCCGCGGCGUCUUUUCGUCCGUCGCCUCGUCGUACGACGUCAUGAACGACGCCAUGUCGUUCGGCAUCCACCGCCUGUGGAAGGACCACUACGUCUCCAAGCUCGACCCGCACGGCGGCCUCAAGUGCCUCGACGUUGCCGGCGGCACGGGCGACAUUGCCAUGCGCAUCCUCGACCACGCCAGGACAAAGUACGGCGACCGCGACCUGAGCGUCGCCAUGCUCGACAUCAACCCCGAGAUGCUCGAGGAGGGCAAGAAGCGCUUCGCCAAGACCAUGUACCACGCCACCCCGCAGAUCUCGUUCCACCUCGGCAACGCCGAGCACCUCGACGGCUUCGCCGACAACUCGCUCGACCUGUACACGAUCGCGUUCGGCCUGCGCAACUGCACCCACCCGGAGCGCGUCCUCGCCGAGGCGUACCGCGUCCUCAAGCCCGGCGGCGUCUUCUCGUGCCUCGAGUUCUCGCACGUCGAGAACCCGGUCCUCGCAAAGGCGUACAACCUGUGGUCGUUCCAGGUCAUCCCGCCCUUGGGCCACAUCCUCGCCGCCGACCGCGACUCGUACCAGUACCUCGUCGAGUCGAUCGAGCGCUGGAAGAAGCCGCACGAGUUCUCUCAGGCCAUCCGCGACGCCGGCUUCGUCACGCCCGACGGCGAGGGCCACGAGCCGCUCACGUUCAACAUUGCCGCGAUCCACACGGGCGUCAAGGUUUAG